AUGAGUUUUCCGGGCAUGACGCCGCCGAUGGGUGGCCUGGGAGGUACCCCAGGAAAUGGGAUGCAGGGAAUGAACGACCAGGAGCAGGCGAUGGUCAAGAUGAUGCAAGCUGGCAUGGAGUCCUGCCCCGUGAAGACCGUUAUCUCUGGUACGAUGGGAUUCGGACUGGGAGGCGCGUUCGGUCUUUUCAUGGCUAGCAUGUCCUACGAUUCAACAUUCACUCCCCAAGGCCGCGCCAUCGCCGACCUCCCCUGGCGCGAACAAGUGCGUCGCGGCUUCAAAGACAUGGGUGCACGAUCGUGGUCGUCCGCAAAGAACUUCGGUAUUGUCGGUGCGCUCUACUCCGGCACCGAGUGCUGCAUUGAGGGACUUCGCGCCAAAAACGACUUGACCAACAGCGUCGCGGCUGGGUGUGUCACCGGUGGGAUUCUCGGUGCCAAGGCCGGUCCUCAGGCGGCUGCCCUCGGCUGUGCUGGUUUUGCGGCGUUUAGCGCUGCUAUUGAUGCUUAUAUGAGGAUGCCGUCGGAAGAGUAA